GGGUAGGCUUCUAAUUAGGAAGGUAAUCGAUUCACAUUUAGGAAGCCCGCGCGGGAUUAUCAAGAAUCCUGAAUCACCCGAAGAAAAAUGUCAGCUUCCUGUCAUUUAAAGGAACUUCCAUGGAGUAAAUCAGAAGGAUCUCUGGCUGACCUGGAUGAUGGAAGCUUUACAAGAAGUGAUUGGAUAGAUGACAAGGAAAAUGAAUUAUAUCUGAAAUCACUCUGGGCUGGAGAAUUUAAGCAAGAUGCCCCUGGUGGGUUUAAGACAAAUCCAUUUUGGAAGGAACUGUCAGCAUCCAAUCCUUUUUUAGAUGACAUAGCUCAAUCGUGCAACAAAGAAAAAAGCAAUAGACAUAUAUCUAUCUUGAAAGAAGAUCCAGAUUUAUUUUUUAGAGAUUCAAAUGGUAGGGAUUCUGCUGCCUCAUCAGGAGAUGAAUUAAAUAUUGACUAUCUAUUUUGUCGCAAACCUUCCAAAAGAUCUACAAAAUCUAGGAGUGUUUCAGACCUUUUGGAUAUUGUAGAUGUAAGAUGUGAACUUUCUAGUACAGAAUCAUCCAACUAUAUCAUACCUCCAGAAAGUGAAGCAUUUCAGAAUGACCGCGAAGCCUAUAAGACAGCUUGGUUGAAUCAACGACAACUGGCCCGAUCUUGUCUGGAUUUGAAUGUGAUCAAUCAGAGUCCUGGAUGGGCACAAACCCAAUCUAUAGAAACCCAUAUAGUCUGCAAAGUGAAUUAUGAAGGUGGUUCAGUGCAGCUUCCUGACUCAGAUAUUGCUGUUCAUUUCCCUGAAGGUCAUGUGGCACUCGGAGAAUUCCAAGAGGUUGGCCUGCAGGCAAUUCUUGAUUCUCCAUCACUUAAUCAUGAGUUUUCAACCACCUUGACUCCUUUGAUUGAACUUACCUUGAGUAACCUCAAUACUACUGAAGCUAUUUUACUAGAAAUGAAAAUUGCGGCUGAAGUAAAAAAGGAUCCUUUUAGUCAGGUAAUGACUGAAAUUGUUUGUCUGUGUAGUUGCAAUAAGGAAGGUCCAUUUGAAAAAAUGCACAAUUGUUACAUUCAUAAAGAUACUGUACAAGUGAAACUAACAGACCUUAGUCAUUUGAUGUAUAUGGUUGUUGUAGCUCAAACAAAUACAGUUAAUUCUCUUGUAAGUGUUUGGGAAUAUAUCCACAGAAAACUUUCAGUUGGGAUUUAUGGACCAAAACAUAUCCAUCCAUCUUUCACUGUUGUGUUUGCUUUGUUUGACCACAACUAUGUUCCUGAGAAAUUAACAGUAUGUGACAUUAAAAGGGGAGGAAAGAGUUUGCCCCCAGUUAUUUUCCAACUAUGGGGAAAACACACGUUUGUACUUGAGAAACCACAAGACCUCAGCAUUUCUGUUGUCUCCUGUGACCCAGAUUUUGAAGUGAAGGAAGAAGAACAGAGGAAAGAAAUUAAAGAAGGAAAAUUGAAAGGAGGUGGAGUGAUUCAUCAACAUUUUCCAUUUUCUAUAAUCAGCAAGAGGAAAAUACAUAUUUUUGUCUUCCGUGUUCAAAUCAAAGUCCCAGAAAAUAACCUGGCAUGCCAGUUUUACAUUACAACACCUGAACCACCUCCAAAGUUAUUAAUGGGCAUGACUAACAAGCCAAACCGAAUUGAAAAACGUAAGGAAAUAAAAUCUGCACCAUUACUAUUAAUGCCCACCAUAAAAUACCCUACCUUUCAAGACAAGGUUUUAAAUAUUACCCGCUAUGGUAUGGCAUUGAAAACAGUGUUACGUCAAAGUAAAAUUGACUAUUUACUAGAAUAUUUUAAAGGCGAUACAAUAGCAAUCCUUGGGGAAGAUAAGGUCAAAGCCAUUGGACAAACUAAAAUAAAGGAAUGGUAUGUGGGAGUUCUUAGAAGAAAAGUUGGCCUUGUACACUGCAAAAAUAUCAAAAUGAUAACUGAAAACCAGACUAUGGAUGUUGAGGAUAGUGAAAUCAUGACCAGCAGCCUCCUUGAACAAAUUGCACUGCCUUUUAAAAAAUUGACUUAUAUCUAUUCAACAAUCUUAUCCACAGUAUCCGAGAACAUAAAUGAUUGGAAAGCUUUGGCUGAUGCUCUUCGAUUUUCAGAUUUGUCCCAGGAUGAUUUCAACGAGUUACAAAUUGAAAAAGAGUCAGAAAAAGUAGCGUAUAUUAUGAAGAAACUCAAAGAAAUUUGCCACGCUCACAGAAGCACAAGGCGAUUCCUGUAUGAACUCUCUGUUGCACUUUUAAAGCUAGAUUGCCAAGGAUUAGUAGCCCGUAUUACUCAGGAUACAGUUAUUUUUACUGCAGCUGUAAAACUUGGGAAGGGCUGGAGAGAGUUGGCGGAAAAAUUAGCACGACUUACAAAACAACAAAUUGAUGCUUACGAAACUCCCCACCAUGGCAAAAGUGGAGAAGUUGCUCCAGAGAUGAUGUGGAAACCAGCUUAUGAUUUUCUCUAUACCUGGGGUGCUCACUAUGGAGACAGCUACAGAGAUAUGUUGCAAGACUUGCAUUUAGCUUUGGACAAAAUGAAAAAUCCUGUGACCAAACAAUGGCGAGAAAUAACUGGAGCUCUGAUCCUGGUCAAUUGCAUGGAGGUUCUUCGGGCCAGCGCUUUCUCCAUGUUGGAUGAAAAAUAAAAGUCAUCUUCAAAUUUAGAAAGAUAUUCUAUAACCAAUCUUCCUGGAUUGUAAAGCAGUUAAACAGGAACAUUUGCACCAAGGAACAUUUAGAGUCUCUGUGAAAAUUAAUGCCUAUAAUGUAUAGCUUCGACUUUUAAAAAACUGAGUCAUUGAUUUUCAAGCACCACCAAUUUUACCUCAUUUUUAUUUAAACCUAUAUACCUAGCUAGCAUUGAUCAAAAGAACACAAAUGCAGUAACCAUGAUUUGCACAGACUUGUGAUAGAAUGCAGAAUAUUUCAUAUUGGAAAUGCAGUAUUGAUGCUAAGAAGCAAGUUUUCCUUUCUAGAGAAAAAGAAUUUUUCCUAGAUAUUGGCCCAUAGAGCUCAAAUGUUAAUUCAAUUCUAAGUCAAUCAAGAAUACAUACAUUCAUAUAGAUAUGUUGCUCUAUGACAGUCUUCCCAGAUAUGGUUUCCUCUAAAUAGUUAAGACCGCAGUUCCCAGAAUUCCCAGACAACAUGAUCAAUAAUAUGGAACCGGUGAACUUGGAGACAAAUUUGGGAAGGCUGCUUUAUGAUAAUCAGGCACACUACUUCAUUGUGUGUAUCAGCUGGAUACUGUAUAUUCCCUUGGACUUAGUAUGCACUGGGCAUUGAUUUCCAGUAGAAAUUAGGCAUUGAGCCAGGUAUCUUUAUAACUGACUCAUGCUUCUCUCAAUGAGAGCUAAGCAGGAGAUACUGUAAAGACUAAAUUCAAGGAAGUCUUCACCAAUUCACCUAUUUGUUAUCUGGCUUCAGAAUAGCCAACUGCUUCUCUUACCUAUAAUUGUCUACAGGUCUGUCUUGUUUUGGAGCAUUUAAUGACACUUGUCCUUCCUAUCAACCUGCCUGUGGACUUUUUCAGGAAUGGCAGUUUAUUCCCAGCAAAUUAGCAACAUGCCACCAUCUCUGUGUGG